AAUAGUGCUCUAUAAUUUAAGUAAGGUCGAUAAAGUAAACUUACGGUCAAGGUUUAUAAUUCUCGCAAGAAAUAUUUUCACGAGGGUGUUGCCUUUUUAGUGCUAAUUGCUUGAAAAUUUGAAAUCGGUUUGAAAAAAGCUCCUGGAUUGAAAUGGGUAUACCCAAGUUCUUCAGGUACAUAAGCGAGAGAUACCCUUGCCUCAGCGAAACGUUAAAGGACUACCAGAUACCACAGUUUGAUAAUUUAUAUUUAGACGUGAAUGGUAUCAUCCAUGGAUGUUCACAUCCCGACGACAGCGAUGUUACAUUUCGUAUCACGGAAGAACAGAUAUUCAAGAAUAUUUUUCAUUACAUAGAGAUAUUGUUCCGCAUGAUUCAACCUCAGAAGUUGUUCCUCAUUGCCAUUGACGGUGUGGCACCACGCGCGAAGAUUAACCAUCAGAGGAGUAGACGUUUCAGGUCUGCCAAGGAUGCAGAAUUGCAGGAAGCUAACGCUGUGGCGAGAGGUAUCAGCAUACCAAAAGAAAAAAAAUUCGACUCCAAUUGCAUAACACCAGGAACAGUUUUUAUGUCUAAGUUGAACGAGGAAUUAAAUUAUUUUGUUACGUACAAGAUUUCUACUGACAAACUUUGGCAGAAGUGCAAGGUCAUAUUCAGUGGAUCGCAGGUUGCGGGAGAAGGAGAGCAUAAAAUAAUGGAUUAUAUUCGUUACAUGAAGUCGCAACCAGGUUACGAUCCACACACUAAACACUGUUUGUAUGGUCUAGACGCAGAUUUAAUAAUGUUAGGUUUAUGCACUCACGAAGUGUACUUUACGUUGCUAAGGGAGGAAAUUCAGUUUGGUAAAAAACAAACGAAAUUAGUAACUCCAGAGGAGACGAAGUUUUGUCUCUUUCAUUUAUCUCUGUUAAGGGAGUAUAUAGACCACGAGUUUUCUCCGUUGAAGGAGAAGUUACCUUUUCCUUUCGACAUCGAAAAGAUCGUCGACGAUUGGGUUUUAAUGGGGCUUCUCGUAGGGAACGACUUCAUCCCGCAUCUGCCGAAUUUACACAUCACUAGUGGCGCGAUGUCCAUAUUGUACAAUGUUUACAUGGAGGUAUUGCCAUCGCUGGAUGGGUAUUUAAACGAAUCCGGGACUCUAAAGUUGGACAGAUUCGAGAAAUUCAUGGAGAGACUCAGUCGUUUUGAUAUAUUAAAGUUUUACGACGUCUACGCAGACCUGAAAUAUUUCGAGAGUAAAACUGGGAGGCGUGUCACAGAGUCCGACAGGCCCAGUAGCAAGAAGUUAAAGGAUAAAGAGACUCCGUCUCCAAAGAGAACGCAAGAUAAAGAGUUCGACGCUUUACUCAGAUCUGCAGCUGAAAUUUCCUUGGGAGACUUUGACGACGACGAGCUGGGAGACGAAGACUCGGACAGCGAAACUUACAAUUUGGAAUUUGUCCAACACAAGAGGGAUUAUUACACAAAUAAAUUAGAAUACCACAAUAUAGACGAAGAGUUUCUACGUUCCCAAGCUGAAGGUUACGUGAGAGCCGUUCAAUGGAACUUGAAUUAUUAUUAUAACGGAUGUUGCAGUUGGUCUUGGUAUUAUCCGCACCACUAUGCUCCUUAUAUCUCGGAUAUAAAAGACUUCAAAGAUUUGAAGUUAGAAUUCGAUUUAGGAGAACCGUUUUUACCAUUUCAACAAUUGCUGGCGGUAUUGCCGCCGUUCAGUAAAGAUUUGUUACCGGAAGCAUUCCGGACGCUGUUGACGGAGGACAAAUCGCCAAUAAUUGAUUAUUAUCCGUCGGACUUUAGGACAGACUUAAAUGGGAAACAACAAGAGUGGGAAGCCGUCGUACUUAUACCGUUCAUAGACGAGAAGCAUUUGCUGGACGCCAUGGAGCCUCGUUUAUCGGAAUUGACUCCCGAGGAACAGGCGAGGAACAAACAUGGACCGAUGCGUAUGUUUACUUACACUGAUGCGAACAUGGGUAUUUGCAAAGCGCCGAAAUAUUUUCAUGACUUUGUCAGUCACGCGAGUGUACAGUUAAUUAAUCGCGAGGAUAUUAUCGUACCAAGGGAGAAGCUAGUGAAAGGGCUGUGCCCUGGGGUCAACUUGGACUUGUACUGUCCUGGGUUUCCUACGUUGAAGUACAUAGAACACACCACCAGCCUGGAGAAGAACGUUGUGAAAGUGUUCGACAGAGUUACAUGGAGAGACAGCAUGAUUUUGCACAUAAAACCUCCACCUCCGACGGAUUUAACGUCCGUAGCGUCCGAGCUACUAGGAAAAUUGGUGUUCGUGAACUGGCCUUACUUGACGGAGGCCCAAGUUGUGGGCGUUUCGAAUUGUGAUACGAAAUUAAGCUUAAUUAAUCCACAAAUGAACUAUUGUUACGAGAAUAUAAACAAGGAAGAGCUGAAGGGCUCCCUUGUCACGCAGUGGAAUUUACAGAAGAAGCAUAUCAUUGAAAUAUAUAAGGUUCGUCUUGGAGUGGACGUAGGAGAAACGAAUAUUUUGAUCCACGCAAGACCGUUCGUAAGCAGUAAAUACAUAUACGGUAGUAGUGGGAAGCUGUACUUUGAGAAACAAUGGUCAGACUCGCAAAUUGCAUACGCUCACCAGAUGAUAGUGAAGGACAUCAGUUCCUACUGUGUCGAAGUGAUGUUAUACAAGACCAUCGAUGAUAUUUUUGUUCCGGAAACAGUUUGCUUUAUGCUGGGACAUCCUCAUUACGGAUCAAUGGGGAAAGUAGCAUCGCCAGUGAUGUGCAAGAAAUCAGGAAGGAUAAGAGUGUCGGUGUCUGUGGCGCAAGAGCCAUGGUUGGACUGGUUGAAACAUAUUUACCAGAACCAGAAGACUCAGUACAUGCCAGGAAGCAUAGCUGCGCAACGGUUAGGCAUAAGUAGUCACCUUUUAAGUAGAAUCACAGGCACGAUUUACGUAAAGUCCUCGGAUGAGUUCAACCCUGAGGAGACCAAAUACAACGUGGGCUUGAAUUUGAAAUUUAACAAGAAGAACGAGGAGGUACUGGGUUACACUAGGAAGGAAAACGGUCAGUGGCUGUACAGCUCGAAAGCUGUGGAUUUGAUCCACAGUUACAUGGCCAAGUGUCCUGACUUGUUUGAACGAUUGGUGCAGAACGUGUCUAACGACGUCUUUCUAGAAGAGAACUUGUUCACCAAGGGUUCGGGAACAUUGAGCGAUAUCGUAGCCUGGUUGAAGGACGAGCUCCAAGACCUACCAAUCUGCCCUUGUGGCACAGAGAGCUUCGAAUCGGACAUGGUCAAGAAAGUAGAGGAAGCUAUAGACCAGUUCGUCAGUACGCAAAGCAACCUCGUUAAGCUAGUACCGAUGCAAGUGAAGCCUCACUUGCUUUACAAACCCGGUUUGCAUCUGCGUAACGUUCCACCAGACCCUAAAGCGCAGACGUACUUGUUCGACAGGAUAUGUUGCACUAGAGAGAACUUCACGGUGCCCCUUGGCCACAAGGGUACCGUUAUAGGCAUUCAGAAGGUCGAUAACGCGUUGGAAACCAUGUACGAUGUUCUGUUCGAUAAAACAUUCCCAGGUGGACUAGUGAUAAACGGCUGUUCGGAGCUCCGCGGGUACCGUCUGUCGCCGAUUGAUUUCAUAAACAUUAGCCACGGGGAGAGAAUCGAGCACGGUAGAGCGCGAUCAGUGGACGGGAAUACAGAGUCUAUAGAAGGUUGGAGGGACAGCUCCAAUCAGAAAGCUCAGUCUUGCGCAAACGCGAGCGCUUUCGCGUCGUACAAAAAAAAGAUUCAAGCGGAGCUACCGAAGCUGCGCAUUAUUCAAAGGAAUAACGAGCCGAAUCAGGAGUGUCAGUUGGGGCCGCCGCCGAACGCUUAUAGAUGGAAACAGUGCAACAUGCAGAACACGGUGGACUCGCAAGAUACUUACAAACUUGCUAAAAAUGUCCAGCAGAACGCGCCCUCGGACAAUACGCACAAGAAACCGGCGACGAAGCCGUCGCUGGAGUUCCAAGCGUUGUGGAACGAGCUGCACAAGCUGCAGACCACCAAUGACCAGCCGAAGGUUGAGCUGGUACUUCCGAUGGCUCCACAAGCCAAGCAGAUCAAUAAAAGCUUCCCCGAGAGUUCUCCACAAGAUCCUAGCGCAUUCUUGAAGGCCGUACUGAAAAUCUCUGAUGAAAACAAAGGCCAAACUAAGCAGCCCGCACCAAAUCCACCUUUGAGCAAUGCAGUUCCAAAGGAGAAUAAAACAUUGGAUACUCCUCCGCUGGUGCAACAACUGUUCGAUCACGCUCGACAGAAUGAUAAAGUAAAGGAUGAGAAGUCACCCACUUGGUACUGUACGCAAUUACUGAAUUACUGUCUACUUAAAGGAGUAGGAAUGCCUCGAUACAGCUACUUCACAGAUGAAAAGACUAACUUGGUUCGCUCCCAUAUUCUCUUACCCGACAAGAGGGUGUUUGUGGGAGAUUCCUGUCCGAAUCACGAACAAGCUGCGGGGAGUGCUGCUGAAAAAGUGUAUACGGAAUUAAAUUUGGUCAACAUAUUAUCGAACAUGAAUAUGGUCCUGCCUCCAAUGGUCUGGUACCCCGGUGGACAAAACCACCCCUGGCUCCCUAACGUACUGCUUCCAAGAGUCCCUUUUCAACCUACGAAGCCACAACCGCAUCAGCAUUACCUCCAGUGGUCCAUGCAAGUGCAGCACAACCCAGGUUACCAGCCAGUUCCCUCGCAGAACAAUCAGUACAAGCUCCCACCUCAGCCACCGUCGACCCAAAACCCAUCCAAGUCUGAAAUAAAGAACAGCAGGUCUUUCGUUCCGCUGCAAGCGCAAAAGAAAAGCAGAAACAUCACUGCCAAGCAGGCUACUACCAAGGAGGGGAAAGAAUGUGCCAAAGAAAAUCCUCAGACAGUAGCGCAGCAAAAGAAAAAGGAAUUGCCCGUCAAGAAAGUCGAAACCGUCGCCGCGGCCCCUGAGAAACAGAAGUCCGUGGAAAGCAACCGUCACCAAAUACAAAACACGUCGAUCGUACCGAAACCUAAGAAAUCGCGGGUGGCGGCCAAGUUUGGUAUACAGUCUCAAACGGAGGAAACGAAUCACAGUAAGAAGUCCACUUAAGACACGUGAAAAAACGAUGCGAAAUGUUGAUACGUAUUUAUUUUCAUUUUUCGAACACUUCUUUUUUAUAUUUUGUAAUAAAAAGGUUCCGAGUGAGACGAGUAUUGAUCAUGUAAAAGAGUAUAUACGAAAUGAAAUUGAAAUAUCGUGUACAUAAUACUCAGUUUGUAAGUAGCGUUAUUUUAGAUUUCUUUUCUAAGGGUAUUGGCUCAUUAUACUGUACAAAAGGACGUUGAAGGAUACGUUAAUUAUAAGAUUGAAUUGACUUUUAUACGUACGAUUCGUGGUUGUGCGAAGAACAGUAUUGAGUACUAUAAAAACGCGAAGUUGCGGUGUACGACGACGUACUUCAGUACGCUGAAAUGUGAUCAUUUAAUUUAGACUUACUGAUAAAAGUGACGAAAGAAAGAAAAGAUAUUUUACGUAUAGUCGACCAGACGAACAUUGUUAUUUUUGUGAUUUCAUAGGCUGAUUCGCUCGAUUAUUUGAAAACUGUACGAAUCUUUGUUUCCUAGAAAAGAUAUUUGUAAAUGGCAUGGAUUCUAUCGAAAUCAAAAUUUGCGCCUUGAAAAGAAAACGGCACUUGCGUUUGUAAAUUUGUAAAACACUGAUCGGGUGAAGAUGAAUAAAAACCAUGGGUUACAUAUGUAACGCAAA